AAAGAUGAAUAGGGCACUCUGCACCUUGUCCCUCUUCCUGGCCUCCUCUCUCAUCCUCUUUCAUGCCGAAUCGGCGGUGGCCAACGUCAUCGCGGACACUUGCCGGAAGUGUGCGGCCUCGAGCCCGAACGUGAACUAUGCCUACUGUGUGAAGGCUCUCGGGUCGGACCCGAGGAGCCAGACGGCGGACGUCCAAGGCUUGGGCCUCAUCGCGCUUAACCUGUUACAAAGCAGCGUGACGAGCACGGGCUCCUACAUUCAGCGGCUGCUGAAGCAGAAGUGGGAUCCGUACGUCCAGAAGUGCCUGUCGGAUUGCUCGGACCUGUACUCAGGACGCGGUCGAUACCACGAAAGAGGCGGUCGGGGCAUACCAGGCAAAGCGUUACCCCGACGUUCAGAACUCGGUGACCACAGUGUCUACGGAUGUGGACACGUGCGAGAGCCAGUUCAAGGAGAAGAAGGGCGCGGCCUCGCCGUUGACGAAGCAGAACGGAGACGCGACGCAGCUAUCUUACAUAGAACUCGCCAUCCUUGCGAUUGUUACGGGGUCGUGAAGGGUUUGGGGUGA